AUGGCAACUUGCAGUCGGAAAUUAGCAAGUAGUAUUAAAGUACUUUGUGGCAUUGCUGUAUUAUUUAGUUUAGUCCAGUUGGUAAUUACCGCUAUUAGCUUUACCAAACCUUGUCCAAUCGGGCUCUAUUUCACUAGUUACACUCAAUAUGGAAAUGGUUUUUGGGUUGGAGGACCGAUAUUUUUAUUAUCCGCGUUUAUCACUUAUGUUGCCCAACACUCAUACUUUUCUACAAGGAGGGUUGUUUGCGUGAAGGCGGCUGCAUAUUUAUGCGUAGCAUGCAUCAUCGGCGGAGUUGUGAAGAAGCAACCCAUAUCUUCGUACGAGAAUAGCGCUCGAACAAGUAAUACAUUAGAAAAGGACAGCGAAGCGGGCAUACAGGAUGCCAAUGCAACCACCUAA